AAUGCUAUUGCGCAUUAAGGGCACAAAAAUGCAUACAAUUAUUAAAAAUAUUGUUUAAAAUGUUACCGCUGAUCAUAAAUAAACAAUAGGAAAUAAUAGUAAACUAACAGAAACUUCUAUUCAACAGUUAAUAAAAAAUAGCGCAAAAAUUAAUCGGAAUGCAAGUCUGUGGCUUUGGCAAUUUCAAAACAUAAACAAAAUGGAUACGCAACUAGCAUCGUCGCCCUCGCCUUAUCUUCUCACAAAAGAACAAAUACUGCAAAUGCUCAGUGAAGUGCCUGCAGGGUUUAUGAAGCCGACGGUGCCACCUUCACCCGCUCCACCGCCAUUCAAGAAGCUUGGAGUGCUUGUCGACGCGGAUGACAUUAUCGACGCCAAGGAAGCCACUUCCAAUAGGAGCAGCAACAACAACAACUACAUUAACAGCACACAGUCCUAUCUCUGCGCCGAGUGUAGACGCACACUGCCCACCGCCCACCUGUUGGAUCUGCACAUUGCCGAGCAGCAUGAUUUCUACUUUGCCGCCAGCGUGGAACGCGGCGAUAAGCCGAUGUUCGCCUGCUACCUGGAGGAGUGCGGCAGCAAGUUUCACACGCCGCGACAGCGCAAGGACCACUGCAUCACGGCUCACAAGUUUCCGGUCAACUACCGCUUCGACCAGGAUCACGGCCACGGCAAGACCAAGCACAAGAAGAACGAUGAGUCCUCCAUGGAGGUGGACGAGCUGCCGGCUGCUGGCCGCAAGGGUGUUCCAUACAUCAAAGCCUUCUGCUUCGGCCACAACACAAUGCGCACGUUCAAUACGCGCAAGGAGCGGCAGUCGGGUGACACGCUGGAGGAUGUGCAGGACAUGAAGAACGCCCUGGAGGACAUUCUCGAUUAGAUUUACAUAACUAUUUAUUUUGCGAAUGAAGCAGCAU